AAUUCCCUGGUGCCGUGUCAUUCGAGCUGUGUUCUAACCUGGUUCAGAGUGCAGUAGUUUGCUCCUCCUGGAUAUACCCUAUGCAGUAACGGACAUACUAAAAACUGGUUGAUAACGCAUAAACAAAAUGGCUUCCUCCAUGAUGGACAGCGAGGUGUUCCUGGCCUUCUCCACGUACGCCACCAUCGUCAUCCUCAAGAUGAUGCUCAUGUCCCCAUUAACGGCCUACUUCCGCUUUACACGCAAGUCUUUUGCGAAUAGUGAGGAUACAGCAAUGGCCAAGAGUCCAGAGCUGAGGAAGAAGAUGCUGGUUGCUAACCCAGAUGUGGAACGUGUGAGAAGGUGCCACCAGAACGACCUGGAGAACAUUGUUCCGUUUGUCGUGAUCGGUCUGCUGUAUGCCCUGACGGGACCAGACCUCUCCUCCGCUCUGCUCCACUUCCGGGUGUUUGUUGGUUCCAGACUCUGCCACACGGUGGCCUACCUCCUGCCCCUGCCCCAGCCCAGCAGAGCUCUGGCCUGGUUGGUGGGCAUGAUUGUCACCUUCUCCAUGGCAUACCAGGUGUUCAGAACAGCCCAGCUCUGAAGAUCCUCUGAUCAACAACUCAGAUUCACUGAUUUGAAUUUCUUCUGACACUUCUCGACUCAAUCCCUCUCUGAAAAAAUAAACGAAUGCAACACCA